UCUCCUCUCCUCCACUGCAAACAAACAUAAACUACACAUUAUUGCUUUGCUUUUCCUUGAAAAUGGAUGAGAGAAAAGGAAAAGAAAAGAGAGAAAUUGCAGUUGGUGAGGAUGAAGAGAGAUGGGUUUAUGAUUCUUCUGUUGAUCAUAAAGGAAGAGUCCCACUCCGAGCUUCCACCGGUGCUUGGAAAGCUUCCCUCUUCAUCAUCGCAAUUGAGUUCAGUGAAAGGCUGAGUUACUUUGGGAUAGCGACAAGUUUGAUCAUUUACCUCACUAAAGUGAUUCACCAAGACCUCAAAACAGCGGCCAGGAGUGUCAACUACUGGGCUGGUGUCACCACAUUGAUGCCACUCUUUGGCGGCUUCAUUGCUGAUGCUUACUUGGACCGGUUUUCCACCGUUCUUGUUUCGUCCAUCAUCUACCUUCUGGGUUUGAUUCUCUUGACAAUGUCCUGGUUUGUACCAUGCUUAAAGGCAUGUGAUGGAGAUGUGUGUACCGAGCCGAGGAAGGCUCAUGAAGUGGCCUUCUUCCUUGCUAUAUACUUGAUCUCCAUUGGAACGGGUGGCCAUAAACCUUCGUUGGAGAGCUUCGGAGCUGACCAGUUCGACGAUGAUCACCCGGAAGAGAGAAAGAAGAAGAUGUCCUUUUUCAAUUGGUGGAACUCUGGUCUUUGCCUAGGACUCUUAUUGGGCGUCACUGUAAUUGUUUACGUUCAAGACCAUGUCAAUUGGGGCAUCGCGGAUAUUAUUCUGACCAUAGUGAUGGCAUCCUCGCUGUUAAUCUUCUUCAUCGGAAGGCCGUAUUAUCGUUAUAGGAAGGUAUCCGGAAGCCCCUUAACGCCGAUGUUACAGGUUCUCAUAGCCGCCAUUUCUAAAAGAAAACUGCCUUACCCUCCCAAUACUGCAGAACUGUAUGAAGUUCCCAAGUCACAAAUGGCUCAGGGGAGGCUUUUGUGCCACACCAAGAAACUUAAGUUCCUUGACAGAGCUGCCAUUAUUGAGGACAAGGGUAAUUCAUCUGAGAAACAUGGUCCAUGGAAACUUGCAACAGUGAACAAGGUUGAGGAGAUGAAGCUUGUUAUCAACAUGAUUCCCAUAUGGUUGACUAGUUUACCAUUUGGAAUCUGUGUAGCCCAAGCUGCCACAUUCUUCAUCAAACAAGGAGCCAUCAUGGAUCGAAAGAUUGGCAAUUUCGUGAUCCCACCUGCCUCGAUCUACGCUCUAGCUGCCAUUGGAAUGAUAAUAUCAGUAACGAUAUACGAAAAGAUCCUCGUACCGGUACUAAGGAAAGCGACGGGAAACGAACGGGGCAUGACUAUUCUCCAGAGGAUUGGCUUUGGAAUGCUUUUCUCAGUCAGUACAAUGAUAGUUGCAGCCCUGGUGGAGAAAAAGAGAUUAGCUUCAGUUAAAAGUGAACCACUAAAUGGCUCCCUGUCCGUGAGUGUAUUCUGGUUAGCACCACAGUUCCUCAUCAUCGGAGCGGGAGAUGGGUUCACCCUGGUCGGCUUGCAAGAGUAUUUCUACGACCAAGUCCCGGAUUCCAUGAGAAGCUUAGGCAUUGCAUUCUACCUCAGCGUGAUAGGAGCUUCGAAUUUCGUCAGCAGCGUGCUGAUAACACUCGUCGAUCACGUCACCGAGAAAGGAGGCGAAAGCUGGUUCGGCAAAGACUUGAAUAGCAGCCGCUUGGACAAAUUUUACUGGCUAUUGGCAAUCUUGACAAUGGCGAACUUGUUGGUUUUCGUCAUCGUGGCGAAGCGUUACACUUACAAAAAUGUCCAGAGCUUGGCUGUGGCAAAUUGCAAUGAAGAUGAAGAUGCGGUUGGAUCGAUGGCUUGACAAUGGUCUUCACAUAAAUAAAGAUUAAUGGUGCUUUUGGUUAGUGUUCAAAUAGUCAUCAAUGAAAGCAAGUUAUGAGAUUGUAGCAUAUUAGUAAAGCUUAAUUUGUUGCUUGUAUCAGCUUGUAAGACGUUUCCAUUCGUAAA